CUUGCCCCCAUGACCGCAUUGUGAGCUGCUGGUAUAGAAGGCACGUCGACUGACAAGGUGCUUUGUUGUUUCACAAGUGCGCUGCGCCACGGAAACAUGAUACCAUAAGGUCAAUCGCAUCGACUUUUAUUUGUUGUUGUUGUUGAGGCAAGCUCCCGCUUCGCUCGCUUCCCACUUUCGCUGCAUUGCACCUACUGCAGAACGACCACGAACAAGAAGCCAUUGUUGCACGACAUCUCUCCCUACCAAUAUCCGCUAUCAGCAAGCACCUCGCUCUUGCAUCACCCCGCAUGAAGGGCGCCCAAGCCUCCACGAUGGAGAAAGUCCUGGAGACCAUUGUGCCCGACACGGGCAAGCCCGUGCUAUGGGGCGCGCACAGCAACAAGGCCAAAUGGGAGAGCACCGUCGGCGUGUUGACGCUCAUAGUAGGCUGUCCCACGUUGUGCAUCAUGAACUGGGUCGCCCUCGAGCAAUUCGGCGGCUCCCUCACCAAAGCCAUUGGCGCCGCUCUUGAUCAUGGCCCGGUUCUGUACCUCUUGCAAAACCUGCCCCGACCUACAAAGGACGCAAUCAUGGGUUACGCAGCCUGGCUCCUCUUCCAAGCUUUCCUCUACGGCUUCCUCCCCGGCGAAACCUGCUAUGGCCAGAAAACACCUGCCGGUUACCAACUGCACUACAGAACAAACGGCCUUCUAGCCUGGACUCUCACCCACGCCCUCUUCAUCGGCGGUGCCUGGUACGGCUACAUUGACCCCGCCAUCAUCGCCCGCAACUGGGAAGGUCUCCUCGUAGCCUGCAACAUCUACGGCUUCGUCUUGGCAAUCCUCGCCCAAGUCAAAGGCCACCUCUUCCCCUCUCACCCCGAAGACCGCAAAUUCAGCGGCAGCUGGAUCUACGACUUCUGGGCCGGCGUCGAACUCAACCCCCGAUUCGGCUCCUACUGGGACUUCAAAUUCUUCCACAAUGGUCGUCCGGGAAUCGUAGCCUGGACUCUCAUCAACUUAUCCUGGGCCGCCUACCAAUACCAAACAGUAGGCUACGUGACCUACUCCAUGAUCGUCCUCAACAUCCUCCAAGCAAUCUACGUCGUCGACUUCUUCUGCAAUGAAAGCUGGUAUACCCGAACGAUCGACAUCAGCCACGAUCACUUUGGUUUCAUGCUCGCCUGGGGAGACGCAACUUUCUUGCCAACGUUCUACACCUUGCAAGCGCAGUACAUGGCCCGCUACCCAACUCACUUGUCCGAAGGCCAAGCGAUUGGAAUUCUGGCACUCGGUCUGCUAGGCUAUUAUAUCUUCCGCUCCGCAAACUGGCAACGCGAUUACGUCCGAUCAAAGAAAGACGAAGCACGAAUCUGGGGUCGGCCAGCAGAAUUCAUUCGCUGCAAAUACCACACGAGCGACGGAAAGGAGCACGAGAGUCUGCUUCUGACUUCAGGCUGGUGGGGUGUGGCGAGACAUUCCAAUUAUCUUGCUGAUCUGAUCGGAUGCUACGCCUACUGCGCAACCUGCGGCUUCGACAACAUCCUCCCCUGGUCUUACCUGGUUUUCAUGAGCGUCCUCCUCGUUCACCGCGCCAAGCGUGACGAACGCCGCUGCCGAGCCAAGUAUGGUGAGAAAUGGGACGAAUAUUGCCGUGCUGUACCCUAUACGAUGAUACCCGGCAUCUUCUAAAUCCACUCUCUUGAGUAAGUGGAAAAGGAAGAUGUCACUGGAGGAACUGAAAUGAAAUGGAAAGGCAAAGGGCCGAGGCGAGAGAUUUUCCUGGUUUACUUCUUUCGACUUUUGACUCGACCUAACAAUACAACAUUUACAUUAUAGACAUGUGCUCACGCGGGCACUGCAUAUAGUAGUUGAUCACCUAAAAAAUUUGUUCUCGUGUUGAGAGUCCGCUUCAUUGAGAGCAUUGAAUCGAGACGGUUGCGAUGUAGUUGGUGUCCCUUCUGUUGAGAAACAAGCAAGUGCCUUUCGAGACAGAAUAGCACUGACUGCCUGCAAGUGAUGAAGUGAAGUUCCCCAAAACGUCGUACACAGGAGGUACCACACUAAGCAAGCAUGCAUGCAUCCCCAGUGUCAGGAUUCGUGCAUGAGAAUUGAGAAAAUCAAGGCAAGA